AUGUGCGCUCGGUCGCGGCGCUCGACCAGAUUAGAUGCAUCCGCUCAUACUAAUUUUGUCAAUUGCCAAGUUCCGGAUCUAGUGAGACGGGCUAGGGACAAUUUAGUUUUCCUCCUCCUAGCCGCCGCUCUAUUUCUAGCUUAUUACAUCUAUGCUGAGGCUGCUGAUGUGUACUGUCAAUUGGAUGACGAAAGCGGAGUCGAUUCAAAAUCAUGCUCCUUUUUGGGGCAGAUUAUUUAUGCCUCAGUACUCUUAGUACUAAUAAUUGGCUUCCUAAUCGCCGCAACCUUCUGGUGGAAACAAAGCGCAAAUGGCGUUCGAUCUCGUCCCUCCUCUCAUCACUUGAUCUUGGUCGGAACUCUUCUCUUUACCCUCUUCUCUGUUUCGACUGAUCUUUUCACUUCGAAUCUCGGCUCUCAAUCUCAACUCCCUCAUGUUCUUGCUUCGUGGAUUCUACAUAUCGAAGUUACCCUGGUUCUUUAUACGUCCAUUAGAGUCUCUACGAUCAAAUUAUUUAUUAUUGGAAUGUGCAAUUCAAUCCUCUUCGAAUUUAUUCUCCAUUACAACGCUCACACCGACAAGUUGAAGUACAUCGCGUCCGAAAUAUGCCUCCAAAUCGUUGUGCACCUCAUCUGCCUCAAGCACUUUCGCCAAACGAAAGACGAUCUGAUGAAGUCGUACGAAAACGUCUGCGAAGUCGUCCGCGCCAACCAGAAAUACGAGAGCGACAUGAAAACGACGCAAAUGCUGCUCAACUCCGUCAUGCCAAAAACGCUCGCCGACAAGUGCGUGAUCAGCACGAGCAACGACAAGCUGAUGCGACACAUUGCGGGUGAUAUCUCUCUCCAGGACAAAGUGUCCAUCCUUUUUGCCGAUAUUGUCGGCUUCACGAGACUGAGCUCGGGCUUGGAAGCGUCCAGACUCGUCAACAUGCUCAACGAUCUCUUCGGUCGAUUCGACAAACUUUGCUAUUCGAUGAAGUGCGAGAAAGUCGCAAUCUUGGGCGAUUGUUAUUAUUGUGUCGCUGGGUGCCCAGAGCCUGAUGAAGAUCAUGCCUACAACUGCGUCGUCAUGGGGCUCAAGAUCUGCAAGACAAUCAAAGUUUUCUGCCAAGAAAACGAUGUCGCCCUCGAAAGCGCUAGAAGACACAAAGCAGCCAAUCCAGACUUCGAAGGGCAAAUUGUCGAUAUGCGCGUCGGUAUCCACUCAGGCCGGGUGAUUUACGCCAUUGUGGGCAGUAAACGAUACAAGUUUGAUGUGUACGGACAAGAUGUAACCUGGGCAAAUAAGUUGGAAUCGACGGGCAUUCCCGGCCGAGUUCACAUUUCUGGCUGCACAAGGGGAUAUUUGAAAGGUGCAGGGCUUGAAUUCGAAGAUGCAAAUCCGAGCGCCCAUUACUCCCGCGGCGUAGUGGAAGAUUGGAACCGGCUUUUCGAAGAAACUGAGAAUUCCAAUUCGAAAGUGUCUCUGCGCGCUCGAUUCCACCAACUCUUCGAGGACCAUGAGCAUCCGGAAUAUGCCGAGACUACCUGGCUCGUUCGCGAACCUGAGAAUUUCUUCGAAAACGAGCGCUUCGAUGAGCUCAAUUCGACAGUCGACGGAUCUACCCACGAUUAUGAUGGUUCAAAGCUGGCCCUCCGAGAGGAGGACUGCCAGGUAUCCCUGCUUGAAAAUGGUGAAGGGAGAUAUGGGGAAGCCCCACGGACGACGGCCAUUGCUCUGAUUCACAAACAAACUGAAAAUCAGGAUCAAACUCAUGGCGGCAAAGCCGAAGAGUACUUCCACCGGCGAGGAGAGCUCGGUGGAGGACUAAUGAAUGCCGUCACGCUCAAUUUCAAAGAUGUCCAAAAGGAGCUUGAAAAUGACGAAUUCGCUGUUAGUUCGACUCCUAACCAAAGAAGUAGCUUGCGCCUAGAAAACCUUUACCGCCAAGGUUUCGAAGUCGAGAAUGCUUCCUUCAGCGCAAGCGCAUCCUCCCUCGCUGAAAAUACAUUUCCCAUCGACCGUUGGUGCCGCGACAUCAUCUUGAGCAUCAUCUCCCAGAGCGUGCUCUUCGCAGCCGUCACAGUAGCAAUUGGCUUCCACCCGGCAGCGCUCGCCGUUUUCAUCGCCUGCGUUGUUCUUUCAAUCGUCUAUUUGGUUCUCUGCAAGGCGAAGAAUUUGCGCCCUUCUAUUGACCUUCUCAUGUCCUGGCAAUACAGGCAUACUUUAGGAGCUCUCUUUCUUAUUUUUCCAUGCUUACCAGCUAUUGUUGCCGCUACGCAAGAGCAUUGCUCCCAACCAAACGAUUCCAACCUCAACAGUUCAUCCUCUCCCGACCCCUCCCUCACCGGACACUAUCCUCCAGGCGCACACGAAUACUUGAUGAUCAUCUUGGCUGUCUGCGCGCUCCACUCAAUCAACUUUUCCAAUCUUUCUUCAAACCUUCGCACUACUAUCGCCUUAAUCAUCAUUAUUGUCGGAUUCUGCCUUUCCUCUUUGUACAUGUACUGUUUAUUGAAUACUGAUUAUUUCCAAUGGAUCAUGGCCUUAUUCUUGCUUUCCUUAUUGCUGUUCUUCGAAAACCGUGCCUACGAGGUUUCGCAUCGUCUCAAUUUCAAGGCAAAUAUCAUCGCUAAACUGAAACGACAGCGGGUAAAGGAACAACGCGACUUUGCCAAGACGCUAUUAAACAACGUCAUCCCCGAGCAUGUUAUCUCCUGCGUCCGCGACAGAAAACAUUAUUCCAAAAACCACGAAAUGGUUGGCGUCUUUUUCGCUUCCGUCUCAAACUUUCAAGAAAUGUACGAAGAGCAGUUCAACUCGGGCACUGAAUUUAUCCGUGUUCUGAGUGAACUGAUCUCCGACAUCGACGAUUUGCUCGACAAGGAUGUCUAUCGAACCAGCAUCGACAAGAUCAAGACUACGAGUUCAACUUAUAUGGGCGCUGCGGGUCUUAGAUGGUCAGAAGACGAGCACGACGAAACUGUCGACAUCCAUCCGAUUGAGCGAAUGAUCGAAUUUCUUAUUGACAUCCAGAAGACCGUCGAAGCAUUCAGUCAGAAUAUGAUUUCAUUCGAGUGGAAAUUACGAAUUGGCGCCCACUGCGGGGAAGUAACCGCUGGAGUGAUGGGCAUCGAAAAGUUGCUCUUCGAUAUUUGGGGAAAUACAGUUAACGUUGCGUCGCGAAUGGACAGUACAGGGCUGUGCGACAAAAUCCAGAUCACCGAAGACCUCAUGAACCAGCUCUGCCUCAUUGGAAACAAGCGCAAUCUAGACAAAUUAAAAUUUUCCUGGGUGCCACGUGGUGAAAUAUUUGUAAAAGGAAAGGGAAUGGUAAAAACGUAUCUCUUGGAAGAAGAAACGAACCUCUAG